AACAACAAGACCAACAGCCUCUGCUUUUUCUAUCCAUUCUUGAUUCUUUAUUUGAGAAAAACAGUGUCAUUUCUGCAACUCCCCGUCUUUCUUGACCUCAUAUCAACAAACACAACAAUCAAACGGCCGAUAUUUUUGUUGUCUUCAUCUUUUAUGCAUGAUUAUAGGGUCAUGAGUGCUUGUCUAAAGAUAGUGUUUCUUUUGGAAAGAAAAGGCUACGGGGAAUCAAGAGAAGAGAAUAAUAGGAAGGAGGGAACUGUUUCAAACGGUCAUCAACAAUAUUCAGCUUACUAGCUAGCGAGUGUCGUCAACUGUUACAAAAUUCAAAUCUGCCCUAUUAAAGAUUUCUGAUCAAGUAGGCCACGAGUCUAAUCUUUAAAUGGAUAAUUCGUCGAGUUUUGACGAAGCUUCGGAUCCCGGUUAUCAACCUUCACCUUCUUCCUUGGAUCAAAAUGAUCACCCAACCGUGGAAACUCCAGGGUACUCAACAAUGAGUGGUGAUUCAUUCAUGUUCGGCAGGACUUAUUCAGAGACCUCAGCCUUUUCUGAUCCCAUAGAUGAUAACAGCUAUUCAAGUGAACCUUCUCCUUCUCAUUGGCCAGUAACCAAAUCUGGAGCACAACAUCAGGCUGUGCUUAGAAGACUAGAAAUGAAGCAACAGAAGCAAGUUGUGGAUGACAAGUUGGAUGAUCAAGAAUCUGUUGACUUGGAACUUGAGAUGAUGAAAGAAAGAUUUUCAAAGCUUUUGCUUGGUGAAGACAUGUCAGGAAGUGGCAAAGGUGUCUGCACAGCUGUUACUAUAUCAAACGCCAUAACAAAUCUCUACGCAACUGUGUUUGGGCAAAAUUUGAGAUUAGAGCCAUUGAAACCUGAGAAGAAAUCGAUGUGGAAGAGAGAAAUGGAUUGCCUUCUUUCUGUAUGUGAUUACAUAGUAGAAUUUAUUCCCAAGUCUCAGAAUUUACAAGACGGAACAGCUCUUGAGGUGAUGGAAAGUAGACCAAGAUUAGAUAUUCAUAUCAACCUUCCGGCAUUAAGAAAGCUUGACGCAAUGCUCAUGGAAGUACUGGAUAGUUUCCAAGAUACAGAGUUUUGGUAUGCAGAACAAGGAAGCAUGUCAUCAAAAUCAACUCGUUCAGGCUCGUUUCGGAGAGUUAUUGUCCAGCGUAAAGAAGAGAAAUGGUGGGUGCCAGUCCCAUGUGUUCCCUCUGGUGGCCUCUCUGAGAAGUCGAGGAAGCACUUGCGACACAAACGUGACUGUGCAUAUCAAAUUCACAAAGCUUCCAUGGCUAUUAACAGUAGCAUUCUUGCUGAGAUGGAAAUUCCAGAGACAUACAUAGCAUCUCUUCCCAAGAGGGGAAGAGCGAGCCUGGGGGACACAAUUUACCGCUACCUGUAUACAGCGGACAAAUUCUCCCCAGGACAUCUUCUUGACUAUCUCAACAUAGCAUCAGAACAUGAAGCACUUGAGCUUGCAGACCGAGUUGAAGCUUCAAUGUACACAUGGAGACGCAAAGCAUGUCUAAGCCAUUCAAAAUCCUCUUGGAACAUGGUGAAAGAUCUCAUGUCUGACAUUGAUCGAACAGAUAAAAAUCAUAUUCUAGCAGAAAGGGCCGAGACCUUGCUAUUUUGCCUGAAGCAGAGAUACCCCGAACUUUCACAGACAUCCUUGGACACUUGCAAAAUCCAGUACAAUCAGGAUGUGGGACAAGCAAUCCUAGAGAGCUACUCAAGAGUUUUAGAAGGCCUAGCAUUCAACAUUGUUGCUUGGAUCGAAGAUGUUCUUUUCGCAGAUAGGAACCAAGAACAAUAGGAACUAGAGUUCAAACAUCAGCGAUAGAUAACAUAUCUUAAUCAAGGUGCUCUCUCUCGGAUCAAUGUCCUACUUUCUGUAAUGCAUAAGCCUUGUGAGGAAUCUAGGAAAUUUCAUUUACUUCUGCGUGUAACAGAAUGAAGAUAGUAGUUCUUACAUAGGAAACAUCUUCUGCAUAGGUGAAGAGAUCUUUUGAGCAAGAUUUGUACAUUCUGCAUCCAGUUAAGCUAGUUUCCUCAAGAAUUUUUGUUAUCGCG